AUGUUUCAUAAAAUAUGGAUAAAAGAUGGUUUUCUAUUGAAACCACAUCCUAUUGGUCUACCAUGGAGAGAAGAAAAGGAGCUUGGUGUUGAUAUGGAGAUUAAUGAAAUAAAUAGACGUAGUAUUAAUAAUUCUAAAAAAAAACCAAGUUUUUUAUCAUUAGCACAAAAAAAUUGUUUUGAAUAUGGUUACCUUAAUAAUAUAUUAAAAAAUUACCAUGAUUCAAGAAAAACAAGUAAUAAUAGUAUCAUUUCAAUUGAUUUUGAUAAAAAACGUGAUGACAUAUUUAUGAGAAGUAAAGAUAAUUAUAAUAAUUCUUUAUUAAAAAGUGUAUGUAAAAAGAGUGUUGAUGAUAAUCGUGGAAGUUUUAAUAAUAGAUAUUCUAAUUCUAAAGAAAUUUUUUCUAAAAGUAACAAUAAUUUAUUUGAAAAUAAAAAUAAUAUUCAUAGUCUUUCAAUACAACCAACACAAUUAAAUACCAAUAAUUCAUCUUAUGAAGAUUCUUAUAAUUAUAAAAGAUUUCCUUCAAUAGGAAAAUUGAGUUCAUCAUCAUCAAUAGUUAUAAAUCAACCAACUCAAUUAUCAUCAUCUUCAAAUACUUUGUUACAUCAACAAAUGAUAUUAAAUGAUAAUAAUUCUUCCAAGACAAAUGUUAAUAUAUCUCAAACAGAUAGAAAAAAUUCAAAAAGAAAUAUACAAUCAAACUUUAAUUCUUCCAUCAAACUUGAUUCAUUUACUGGAAUUAAUAGUGAAAAUAUAAAACAAAUAUUUUUAGAAAAUGAUCUUGAGAAAUAUAUAGAAAAAAUUGAACAACAUGAAAUUGAUAUGGAAAUAUUUUUAACAUUAAAUCGACAAGAUCUUAUAAAUGUUUUUGAAAUAAAAACUAAAACUGAAGAUAAUAUACACUUAACAACAAUGCUUAAUUUAAUAAAAUAUUAUAAAAAUCUUUACAAUAUAACAUAA